CUUCAGUUCCAGCAGCACAGCAUAGUGAUCAAGAUGCCUUUCAUUGACAUAGAGAGUAAUCUAGCAGCCAGCACCUUCACCGAGGACUUCCUCAAGAAGCUGUGCGCCUGCACCGCGGCUGCUCUGGGCAAACCACAGGAAAGGAUGAACUUGGUGGUGAAGCCCCAGCUGCCCAUGCUGAUAGCUGGCUCCUGCUCUCCUUGUGUCAUGCUCUCAGUGUCUGCUAUUGGUGUGACUGACACUGCUGACAAGAAUAAGGAACACAGUGCUAAGAUCUUUGAGUUUUUGACCAAAGAACUUGGUCUGACUGAAGACAGGAUUGUUAUUCAGUUUCACGCACUGCAGCCUCACCAGGUCGGGAAGAAGGGAACAGUCAUGAGCUUCUUGUGAAGGACUGAUAGUGCUCAUUCAUCUCAUUCCUAAAAUACAAGAAGAUCAGUAUUACACACUAAUGUAGAGUUGAUUAUUUUAAUAUCAGAUACUGUAUUUUUAUGGCUACCCUGUCUUAAUCAUGUUUUACACAUCUGCACUUGGUCUGUUCUGAAAGCUGAUGCUGUGAUUAAACAGUGUUUCCUUCAGGUUGACUGUCUUCUAUUUGAGAAAUAAAGAUAGAACUUGUUUAGUUCAUUA